AUUUCUCUUUUCGGCGGUAUAAUGCGGCAAUCAGAUUGAUCAAAGUGGAAAAGUCUCACAAAUUUUUUCGACGCGACCCCGUAAACAACAUGCAGACACAGAACUUGAAACCUCGAGACUAAAAUCGAAUUGAUAAACAAUUGUCGGCGCACGCGAAAGUACACUUACUGCACACUCUUACGUUUUAUGCUUUUGUUUUUUGUUCAUUAAAUGACACAAUCAAAAACUACUAUUUGACGAUGGUGGUCCGGUUCCUGAUCCAAAGGCCGGUAAAAUCGGCCUAAAUAUUGGAAGGGCGUGGUGUUUGCCGUAAAAGUUGUUGCUGAUUGUGCGCCCCCCUUUUUCAUAUUUGUUUGCCGAAUUUAAAGUUCACGUGAGAAAAUAAGUGCGUCGCCGCGUGGUGCGCCAAGCUAUUAAUUAUGUGGCAUGAGGCUCGCAAGCAAGAGCGCAAGAUACGCGGUUUGAUUGUGGACUACCGCAAACGGGCGGAGCGCCGGCAAUAUUUCUACGACAAGAUCCAGGCGGAUCCCACACAGUUCCUGCAGCUUCAUGGCAGGCGGAGCAAGAUUUACCUGGACCCAGCGGUAGCAGCAGCGGGCGAUGGUGCCGCCAUCAUUGUGCCGUGGCAGGGACAGCAGGACAAUCUGAUUGAUCGGUUUGAUGUGCGCGCCCAUUUGGACUACAUUCCGCCUGUGGGAAAGAGUGGCGAGGCUGGCGAUGCGGACACGGACAUGACGGCCGAGGAGCGGCAGUUGAACUACGAACGCUACCGGAUUCUGGCCCAGAACGACUUCCUGAAUGUCAGCGAGGACAAGUUUCUGCACCAACUGUACCUCGAGGAGCAGUUUGGGGCCAAUGCCCAGCUGGAGGCGGAACGCAAUCUGGCCAAAAAGAAGCAGAAGACGGGAGGCGCCACCAUUGGCUAUUCCUAUGAGGAUGCGGGCGAUGCGGGAGCAGCCACCAUUGGACCACAGCCCUUUGGCCAUUCCAUGAACGCGCCAGCAGCUGGGGCCACAGCUACCGUCACAGGCGGCGGCGACAAGGGCGAAGGUUCCGAUGAAUCCGACUCGGACAUCGACAUGGACGUGUCCAUAGACAUUGGGAAGCUGGACACGGCCCAGGCCCACGAGCUGAACGCCUGUGGGCGGAACUAUGGCAUGAAGAGCAAUGAUUUCUUCUCGCAUCUCACAAAGGAUGCAGACGAGGCCGAUGCCCUGCGCAUUGCCCGCGAGGAGGAGCAGGAGAAGAUGCUGCUGAGCGGCCGCAAGUCGCGCAGAGAACGGCGGGCGCAGAAGGAGCGACGCAUUGCCAAUCGGCCGUUCAGCCCGCCCAGCUAUGCGGCCAAGGAAGACAAAAAAGGUGGCAAGAACGAUAAAGAGGAGGAGAGCGACUCACGCUCGCCCUCCCCGGCCGAGGCUGGGCCCGAGAAGAUCACCUAUAUUACCUCAUUUGGCGGCGAGGACGAAAUGCAGCCGCACUCCAAGAUCACCAUUAAUCUGUCCAAGCCCGGUCCCACACUGGGCGAAUCCUGCAUCAACGCUAGCACUGGGGCGGCCAUCGCCAGCUCCGGUGCUGGCGGCUCUGUCACGUAUGCCCAGAAGGUCAAGGAUAAUCUGGACAAGCUGAAGCUGAUGAACGAAACGACCAAGCGCCGUGGUCGCCGUCGGACGCGUUCUCGGUCACGCUCCCGCAGUGCAUCCGGCAGUAGGAGUUGCAGUGGCAGCCGGCGACGAAAUCGCCGAAGUCGCAGCUAUCGCAGACGCAGCCGGACCCGGUCCAGACGCCGGCGCAGGUACUACUCGAGAUCUAGGUCCCGAUCGAGGUCCCGAUCGCGGUCUCGUUCCCGUUCUCGCUCUCGGUCUGGCUCCUGGAAACGCUACAAGAGCCGCAGUCCCAGCUACAAGCGAUCGCGCAAGCGGUUCUCUUACUCCUCGCGCAGUUCCAGUGCCAGUUCCUUUGAGGCGGGACGCAGAAGACGCAGUCGCUCGCGUUCUCGCUCCCAUUCCGGUCGUCGGAGCCGCACCAAAAAGAAGACCUCACCACCUCCGGCUCCUCCAGCGGCGGGAGGCGGCUACUGCCUGAGUACAACAACCACAACAACAACCACAUCCACUUUGACAGCGGUGAAGCUACUCCAGCAGCAGCAACAGCAACAGCAGCAGCAACUGCAACAGCCUAGGGCACCAGCCCCGCCCAUGAUUAGUUAUCCGUUGCCCACGCGAGUCCUCGGCUUGACCACGACGACUCCAGCUCCCGUAGCUCCCGCAGUUCCCGUACCCGCCCUACCGCAGGUGGUGGAGGCACCGCCGCCGCCACUCAAACGUUACUAUGGCCGGAAACGAGCCAACGAUACCUCCUCCUCAUCGUCGUCGGAAGGCGGCGAGAACAGCGAGGCCAGCGAGAACGAGGAACAGCUGCAGCCAGAGAGCAAUAAGCAACCAGUCGAUGAUUCAGAUGAAAUGGAAGCGGAUACUGCGUCAGAGCGAUCGCAUGCGCUCCACCACCCAGCGAUGCCGUCAACAUGCAGCACGGGUAAUCAAACAGGCAAAUAUAGUUCUGCUACCGAAACCAAAGGACACUCUGGACACGGACAAUCGGGCAGCAGCAGUGGACGACCCAAUCUGCGCGAGCGUCUUAAGCGGAAAAUGCAGAACCUGCUCAACCGGCAAUAUAAGGCCGAUAAGCGAGCUGAGAUUGAGAAGACGGAGCGAGAGCGUCAACAGCAGCAGGAGCGCGAGGAUGAGAUGCGCGAACUGGCGCUGAAGCUACGUAGAAGGCGCCGCGAGUUGCGACACAAGUACGGCACGCCCUCCAGUGGCAAGCUGUCGGGCAGCGAUGGGGAAUCGGAAGCGUCGGAGAGCCAGCUCCCGCAGCCCCCGAACCGUCGCAGUCGCAGCAGAUCCCGCAGUCGCAAGCGGAGUCCUGUCGAGCAGCCCACCAGGAGGAGCAACAGUCGAACCGAGCGCCGGCGGCGUACUCGCAGUCCCAGUCCAAGGUACAAACGCAGGCAGAGAUCGCGCUCGAGGAGCGGGAGCCGCAUGGACCGGAAGCGACGUUCGCACAGCCGUCGGCGUAGUGGAAGCCGCGAACGGAGGGGAUCACGCAGUCGUCGCAGUCAGUCGAGGCGUCGGCGACAACGCGAACGGAGUAUGGAAAGGAAUCGAGAACGUGAGCGGUACAGGCAACAGUAUCACCAGCAGCAGCAGCAGCAGCAUCAGGAAAGGACUCGUGGUGGGCGAGACAGGGAACGGGACUCGGAGCAUGCCCAAAGAAGCAACAGUGGCCCAAGUCGGGGACGUGUCGUCAUCUCGGCACCGCCAAAACUCAAGAAACUGGUUGACUAUUAAAUCGACUGUGAACUGUCGCAUAAUUGUUUUUAGCCAUAAGACACUUUUUUAGUGCGCGGAGAGCGUCAACUGUUGAUUUUGGCACAUAAAUAAAGUAAUUUUAGAUAUAAAA